AGUCCUUUGGAAGCCCCACCUCUCCGCCCUCUCUGUCACGUGACCGCUGAAGGGGCGGGCCCGAGUUGCGAGCCCUACCACGUGACGUGGGAAAGGUUGUGUGCUGCUGCCGCCAUUUUGCGGGAAGGCGGAGGCGUCUUUUUCUUCCAUUCCCUGUGCCGGCGGUAUCGCGGCUCCCAGCGCCCUCCGCGUUCUGAGCCUUCCCCAGCCCACAAGACUUUUCCUGUGGCGCUCUGAUUCCAGGACCUUCUCCACCACUAGGCUGGUUUUCCUGCCAGGUGUCCUUUUGACCUCUGACUCAAAGGCUUGCAGCCAGCUCUGUACCACAAAUCUGGCUCCGGAUGAAAGGACCCCACCCUGCUUAACCCUCAGAUCCCUCCUGAUUUGAGUCAGCCGCCAUCCCGGCUCCCAUGGUCCCAGUUUUACCCUGAUUCUUUUCAUGACUGCUCAGCCCUCAAAUUCGGGAACUCAGCUCUAAAAGCUUCAAUCUCCAUCCCUGAGACCAACUCAUUUUGGAGGAUCCUUCCCUCUCCCAUUCUCGAUUUUCCAACCCAUGCCAUAGACCCCAAAAUGAUUUCUCCAUGCCCUCCUCCUCCAGAGCCCCCAGCCCCUCCUCCAAAAGCGCCUGCACCCCAGGCCCCCAUCCUGCCACCUCCUCCCCUGCCCCCACAUCUCCCCGACUUAGCUCUUCCACCCCCUUCCUCGAGUCUUGAGGCCCCGGUUCCCCCGCCACCCCCACUGCCACCUCCACCCACCGCCCCAGGGGUUGCCCCCCCUCACGUCUACGGCCUGGAGAAGAGCCGGCUCCUGAAGGAGGCCUUGGAGAAGGCCGGCCCAGUCCCCAGGGGCAGAGAGGACGUCAAGAGGCUCCUGAAGCUGCACAAGGACCGUUUCAGAAGUGACUUGCGGUGGAUCCUCUUCUGUGCCGAGCUGCCCUCCCUCAUCCAAGAAGGCCCUCAGUGCGGACUGGUGGCCUUGUGGAUGGCAGGCACUCUUCUGGUGCCCCCCAGCGGCAUCCCCCUGGAGAGACUCGUGCAGAUGGCCAUGGAGAGAGGCUACACAGCCCAGGGGGAGAUGUUCUCUGUGGCCGACAUGGGCAGGCUGGCCCAGGAGGCACUGGGUUGCCAGGCGGAGCUGCUCUGCGGUGGCCUGGGAGGUCCCAACCGAGACCAUGUCCUGCGUCACCUUGUCGCCGGACAUCCCUUGCUUAUCCCCUACGACGAGGACUUCAACCACGAGCCAUGUCAGAGGAGGGGCUGCAAGGCCCACUGGGCAGUGAGUGCAGGGGUCCUGCUGGGCGUGCAGCAUGUGCCAGGCCUGAGCUAUGCUGAGGACCCUGACCUGCCAGGCCUCUUCCACCCAGCACCUGGCAUGCCCCACCAGCCACCAUCUCUGCCGGAGGAAGGCUCGCCAGGAGCUGUCUACCUUCUCUCCAAGCAGGGCAAGAGUUGGCACUACCAGCUGUGGGACUACGACCAAGUCCGGGAUAGCAACCUGCAGCUGACGGACUUCUCGCCCACGAGGGCCGCCGAUGGCCGGGAGUAUGUGGUGCCUGCUGGUGGGGUGCAAGCCGGCCUCUGUGGCCAGGCCCUGCUCCUCAGACCACAGGACUCCAGCCCCAAGCCUGCUGCAGCCCUGAACCAGGGGACCGGGCCCCAGCCACAGCCUGGCUCUGUCACUGUUUGAAGAGCUCCCCAGGUUCUUGUUUUGUAUGACAGCCCAAGGGUUUGGGUUGGAUCUCUGAGGACCUCCAGCCAGAGAUCCUUCAUGCAGGGUCCCCCCCAGUCCAUCCAGUCCCAAUCCUGGCAUUAUCCCCACUCCCCCCCCCGCCAAGCCCAUCCCCCCAGUAUUGAGCACCUACUGUGUAGGCUGGGGUUACAGCCAGGAGCCUGACAGACCAGCUCCCUCUCUCCAGGGGAGACUGAUGACAGCUCAGACCCCAUGUCCUGUCCAUCACACCUCGAUGUUGCACCCAUCCGUUUCUCACUGGUGACCCCCCCCCUUCUAGACCACUGUCCUCUCUCUGGUCAUCUGCAGGAGCCCCCCCACUGGACCCCCUGCUGCCCCGUGGCUGUUCACAUGGAGCCAGGGCUGAGGGAGCAAAAAAACACCAACCAGAUCUUCCCACUCUCCACCAGAGAAGCUUCUAGCAGCUCCUUGUUCCUCACACGAUAGGGACUGACCUCUCCCAGCCUCAGCUCGCUUCUCCUUGUCCUAGGCCGUUCUUCCUCACACUUUUGCCACCAGCCACACUGGCCUGUCAGGCCCCUGUCGUACCCCACUGCAGCCCUCUGCUAACUCCUUAACUGCCCCAUCAUGGCUGUCACUUCCUCAGGGAAGGUGCCCUCAGCCCCGGCUGGGCCCCUCUCCCAUCUCUGUGUUCUUCUGAUUUAAAAACAACAAGCAAAUCCUUCUGAGAACA